AGGUUUCAAAAUCAAUUGGUCAAGAUCAGCUUUGCUGCCUUUGAAUGAAGCAGCCAAGACCUCUGCUUUACUUUCCAAUAUUCCCUCAGUGACACAUUUUAAAUACCUGGGCAUUGACAUAUUUUCUUACAUCUUAUUGUGAAGCACAAUUAAACUGAGACACUGAACAAAGUCUUGGGUGAUUUAGAAGGAUGGGCCAGCUUGCCCAACUCCUUCCAGGCACAUAUUUCUAUUGUCAAAAUGAAUGUAGAGCCCAGAAUGAAUUUUGUCAGCUCCAUGGUUCCCCUCUCUCCCCCUGCUGGAUACUGGGGUAACCGUCAUGUGGCUGUUUCAAAAUUCAUAUGGAAUGGGAAGAGACUUAGGCACUCAGUGGAAAGGAUUUGUGAAAUAUCUUGCAGAUGCCACCUGCAGUCUCCAAUUUUUAAUAAUAAAGGUUUACUGAUCGGGGCCUGUCACCUACUCUCAGUAGGGAAAAGUGAGGGAUACAGUUUUGGGUAAUAUUUUCGGCUGAGAUGGUUUACGCUUCUUUCAAGACAAUAAGAACAGCUUCAAUCUACCAGGCACUUCCUUCUUUUAAUUUACAGCUGGGAGCAGCUCUUAAAGCACACUGUAUACCUUGGCAGCACCUGCUGCCAGAUCAGCAGUUCAUCAAUCUAACAGCUUGUGGAAGGAAGCUGUUGAUAAGUCUGUUAUUUCAACCUUUAUGACCAGAACUGUUUUCCUGAUGGUAGCAGUUCACAGAAUGUGUGGAGAAGGUGGGAGGCGUCCCUGAUGAUGUUCAGUGCUCCUGCAUUGGCUUUGGAGGAGCUCAUGGACAGAGGGGAGGGAAACUCCGAUGACCCUCUCAGCUCCUCUCACUAUUCUGUGCAGGUCCUAAUUGUUCGACAUACUGCAACUGGAGUACCAUGUUGAGAUACAAUACGUCACUCUCAAACACCACUGUAGAAAGUCCUGAGGAUGCUGGUGGGGAAAGAGGCUUGUUUCAGCUUCCUCAGUGUCUGCUGGGCCCAUUUCGUGAUCCCUGAGGUGUUUUCAUUCCAGCUUAGGUCCUGUGAGAUCUGCACCCGAGGAACUUGAUGUUCUCCACUCUCUCCACUGUGCGGCCACUGAUGCUGAGAAAAGCAUGCUCUGGCUGAGAUCUCCGGAAGUCGAUGAUCAUCUCCUUUGUUUUGUCCGCAUUGAGCACCAGAUUAUUUUCUUUGCAAUAACCCUCUGGUCUCCCUGUGGUGUCAUCCGUAAACUUGAUGAUCAGGUUCCCCUCAUGUCUGGAUGCACAGUCUUGUGUUAGCAGUGUAAACAACAAUGGACAGAGUACACAGCCUUGAGAAGAUCAAGUGCUCAGCAUGAUGGAGUUGGAAGUGUUGUUUCCAACACGGAAAGACUGAGGUCUCUUUGUCAGAAAGUGCUGAGUUUCUCCAUUAGUUUCUGAGGGAUGAUGGUAUUGAAUGCUGAGCUGAAAUCAAUGUACAGGAUUCUGGCAUCGUGGUGUCUUUCUGGUCCAGAUGAGUGAUGACAGUGUGCAAAGUGGUGGAUAUUGCAACCUCUGUGGAGCAGUUGGGAUGAUAAGCAAACUGAUAUGGGUCAUGUGAUGCAGGGAGGCUGGCUAUGAUGUGUGGUUUGACAAGCCGCUCAAAACACUCCAUCACAAUUGGUGUCAGUGUGACGGCGCGGUAGUCGUUCAGACAGGAUACAACUGAUUUCUUUGCUACUGGUACUAUAGUGGAUGUUUUGAAGCAUCGGGGGACAACGGCCUGACUGAGGGAAUGUCUGGAAAGACAUAUGGGAAAGAGACAACACAACACAAUACCGAUACCCAGUGGUUAGUGGACCUAAGGGCUGACAACAGCAACAGCCCAGAACAAGAACCAGUAACCAUCCCAGAAAAGAACCAGUAACCAUCUCAAUGACAGACAUCCAAGAAAGAGUGUCAAAGAUGAAGAGCUGGACAGCCCUGUACCAGGCCCUGAUAUGAUCCAUACAUACUGGCUGAAGAAGCUAACUGCAUUCCAUGAACACCUGCUGAGGGAUGGCACCCACCCAGGGUGGCUAAUCCAGGGCAGGACAGUCCUAAUCAUGAAGGACCCCCCGAAGGGACCCAUCCCAUCCUGUCUCUGCACAACAUGGAAGGCCCUGUCAGACAUCAUUGUGGCAAAAAUGAGUAAGCAUGUGGCUCAAUACAUGAGCGAGGCACAGAAAGGAAUUGGCAGUAACACCAGAGGAGCCAAGCACCAGCUACUGAUUGAUAGAACAGUCGCCCGAGACUGUAAGAAGAGACAGACCAACCUGUGCACUGCCUGGAUUGACAAGAAUUGACUGGAAUGUCUGGAACUGUAUAAGAUCAACAGGAUCCUAAGGGCCUUUAUCCAGAACUCGAUGGAAAUGUGGAAGACAACCCUAGAGGCCAAUUCAAAGCCGAUUGCCCGAGUCAACAUCAAGUGCGGCAUCAAGAAUCACCACUGCUGUUCUGCAUAGGCCAUAACCCCCUCAGUCAAAUCAUCACGAAUAUCAUCACCGAUUCUGUAGUGGGGCAACAAUCAGCCAUCUGCUCUACAUGGAUAACAUCAAGCUGUAUGCCAGGAGUGAGCGAGAAAUAGACUCACUGAUCCACACCACCAGGAUCUACAGCGAUGACAUAGGGAUGUCAUUCGGAUUGGACAAAUACCUACACAAGUAGUUUGGCAUCCCACAGGCUAAUGGAAACCAUGAAGAGGCCACAUGGAAGUCAACCACAGCCAAAUACCUCCAGAGAGUAAGGCAGGUCCUGAAAAGUCACCCUGAGGCUAUACACUAAGCGGAAAGAGGGAGGCUGAGGGCUGGUGAGCAUCAAGGCCACGAUCCAGGAUGAAACAACGAAAAUUCGAGAAUACAUUUUUUUUUAAAAAUGGCCCUGAAGGAUGGACUGCUAAGUGAAUGUCUCAGGCAACAGAACCCUGAUGAGAGUGCAGAGGAGGAGGAGCAGACAACCUAGAGCAACAAGCCCCUACAUGGCAUGUACCACCGUCAGAUAGAAGUGGCUGAUAUCAAGAAAUCCUACCAGUGGCUGGAAAAUGCAGGACUGACAGACAGCACAGAGGCACUAAUCAUGGCAGCACAAGAACCAUAGAGGCCAGGAUCUACCAGAAUAGAUCAGACCCAAGAUGUAGACUGUGCAAAGAAGCCCCUGAGACAGUCCAGCACUUAGUAACAGGGUGUAAGAUGCUAGCUGGAUCAGCGUACAUGGAGAGGCACAACCAAGUGGCGCGGAUAGUACACAGGAACAUCUGCAACCAGUAUGGAAUAGAAGUACCCAAAUCGCAAUGGGCCAUACCACAGAAGGUGGCUGAGAACAACAGGGCCAAGGUUCUGUGGGACUUCAGCUUCCAGACUGACAAACAGCUCCUGGCUAACCAACCAGACAUAGCGGUGGUGGACCAAAAGCAGAAGAGGGUGGUGGUGAUAGAUGUGGUGAUCCAAGCUGACGCCAACAUCAGGAAGAAGGAACACGAGAAACUUGAGAAGUACCAAGGUUUGAGAGAGCAGCUGGAACGGAUAUGUGGAAGGCCAAGGCUAGCGUGGUCCCCGUGGUAGUGGGGGGACUCAGUGCAGUAACCCCCAAACUGGGAGAGUGGCUCCAACAGAUCCCAGGAACAACAUCUGAAGCCUCAGUCCAGAAGAGUGCAGUCCUAGGAACAGCCAAGAUACUGCGCAGAACCCUCAAACUCCCAGGCCUCUGGUAGAGGACCCAAGCUUGAGGAUGACACAGAUACCACCCCACCAAGACUUGGACCCUGAAGUUAUGAGGAUGUUACGGUGUCCUCAGAUCAGAUGCACACAGACACCAGGACUGACCAGGAAGAAACGAGCAGCUUCUUUUCUCCCAGUGUUUCCUCCACACAUGAAGCUGGAAAGUGUCUGUAGGUUGACCUGAGACUUGGACUCUGAAGUUAUGAGGAUGUGACGGCGUCUUCAGAUCAGAUGCACACAGACACCAGGACUGACCAGGAAGAAACGAGCAGCUUCUUUUCUCCCAGUGUUUCCUCCAACGUGAAGCUGGAAAGUGUCUGUAGGUUGACCUGAGGGAGGGCAGAUGGCGACACUUAAACGGGAAAUCUUAAGAACUUUAGAGGAUUUGGAAGAGGACGACUUUAAGAAAUUCAAGUGGCACCUUCAGGGAGUCCUGGAGGGCUUCCCAGUAAUCCCAAAAUGUCGUCUGGAGAAAGCAAACAGGAUGGAAACAGUGGAUCAGAUGAUGCAGACCUACCGUAAAAACACCAUCAAAGUGACCAGAAUGGUUUUGAGAGAAAUUAAUCAGAAUGUUCUGUGGGAGAAAUUAUCAAACAUCUCGGAACCAACAGAAACGUCAUUAAACAAAGAGAUUCUAACUGCGUGCCAGCGUAAACUCAAAACCAACCUGAGGAAGAGGUUUCAACAUGUCUUUGAGAAAAUCACAAAAGCAGGAAGUUCAAUACCGCUGAAUGAGAUCUACACUGAGAUCUAUGUCGUCAUGGAAGAAACAGGAGAGGUCAACAUGGAACAUGAGGUCAGACUGAUUGAAACUAUAACCUGGAAACCAGACAGACCAAAAACAACAAUCAGACAAGAAGACAUCUUUAAAGCCUCAACUGGAGGAGAUGAACCAAUCAGAACAAUGAUGACAAAGGGAAUGGCUGGCAUCGGGAAAACAGUCUUAACACAGAAGUUCAUUCUGGACUGGGCUGAAGACAAAGACAACCAGGACAUACAGUUCACAUUUCCAUUCACUUUCAGAGAGCUGAAUGUGCUGAAAGAGAAAAAGUUCAGCUUGGUGGAACUUGUUCAUUACUUCUUCACUGAAACCAAAGACGCAGGUAUCUGCAGGUUUGAAGAGUUCCAGGUUGUGUUCAUCUUUGAUGGUCUGGAUGAGUGUCGACUUCCUCUGGACUUCCACAACACUGAGAUCCUGACUGAUAUUACAGAGUCCACCUCAGUGACUGUGCUGCUGACAAACCUCAUCAGGGGGAAACUGCUUCCCUCUGCUCGCCUCUGGAUAACCACACGACCUGCAGCAGCCAAUCAGAUCCCUCCUGAGUGUGUUGACAUGGUGACAGAGGUCAAAGGGUUCACUGACUCACAGAAGGAGGAGUACUUCAGGAAGAGAUUCAGAGAUGAGGAGCAGGCCAGCAGAAUCAUCUCCCACAUCAAGAUAUCACGAAGCCUCCACAUCAUGUGCCACAUCCCAGUCUUCUGCUGGAUCACUGCUACAGUUCUGGAGGACAUGUUUAAAACCAGAGAGGGAGGAGAGCUGCCCAAGACCCUGACUCAGAUGUACAUCCACUUCCUGGUGAUUUUGUACAAACUGAAGAACAUCAAGUACGAUGGAAAGUCUGAGAGAGAUUCACACUGGACUCCAGAGAGCAGGGAGAUGAUUGAGUCUCUGGGAAAACUGGCUUUUGAGCAGCUGCUGAAAGGAAACCUGAUCUUCUAUGAAUCAGACCUGAGAGAGUGUGGCAUCGAUAUCAGAGCAGCCUCAGUGUACUCAGGAUUGUUCACAGAGAUCUUUAAAGAGGAGAGUGGACUGUACCAAGACAAGGUGUUCUGCUUCAUCCAUCUGAGUGUUCAGGAGUUUCUGGCUGCUCUUCAUGUCCAUCUGACGUUCAUCAACUCUGACAUCAAUCUGCUGGAAGAAAGAAAACAAAGCUCCUGGUUUUCUAAAAUACUUAGAAUUAAACCUAAACCUACAGAUCUCUACCAGAAUGCUGUGGACAAGGCCUUACAGAGUCCAAAUGGACACCUGGACUUGUUCCUCCGCUUCCUCCUGGGUUUUUCACUGGAGACCAAUCAGAAUCUCCUACGAGGUCUGCUGACACAGGCAGAAAGUAGCUCAGAGACCAAUCAGGAAACAGUCCAGUACAUCAAGAAGAAGAUCAGUGAGAAUCUGUCUCCAGAGAAAAGCAUCAAUCUGUUCCACUGUCUGAAUGAACUGAAUGAUGGUUCUCUAGUGGAGGAGAUCCAACAGUACCUGAGAUCAGGAAGUCUCUCCACAGAUAAACUGUCUUCUGCUCAGUGGUCAGCUCUGGUCUUCAUCUUACUGUCAUCAGAAAAAGAUCUGGAUGUGUUUGACCUGAAGAAAUACUCUGCUUCAGAGGAGGCUCUUCUGAGGCUGCUGCCAGUGGUCAAAGCCUCCAACAAAGCUCAGCUGAGUGGCUGUAAUCUGUCAAAGAGAAGCUGUGAAGCUCUGUCCUCAGUUCUCAGCUCCCAGUCCUCUAGUUUGAGAGAGUUGGACCUGAGUAACAACGACCUGCAGGAUUCAGUCGAUGUUGAUGAACAGACUCGACAUCUACUGUCAGGCUGUCUGAUCACAGAGGAGGGCUGUUCUUCUCUGGCCUCAGCUCUGAGCUCCAACCCCUCUCAUCUGAGAGAGCUGGACCUGAGCUAUAAUCAUCCAGGAGACUCAGGAGUGAAGCUUCUGACUGCUGGACGGGAGGAUCCAGACUGGAGACUGGAAACUCUCAGGUUGGACCAUGGUGGAGAACAGAGACUGAAACCUGGUCUGAAGAAGUAUUUCUGUGAACUCACAGUCGACACAAACACAGUGAACAAAGACCUCAAACUGUCUGACAACAAGAAAGUGACAUAUAUGAAAGAGAAGCAGCCAUAUCCUGAUCAUCCAGAGAGAUUUGACUUCAGGUCUCAGCUGCUGUGUAGAACUGGUCUGACUGGUCGCUGUUACUGGGAGGUCGAGUGGAGAGGAGAGGUUGAUGUAGCAGUGACUUACAGAGGAAUCAGCAGAAGAGGAGUCAGAGCAGACUCUGCGUUCGGAUGGAACGAUCUGUCCUGGAGGCUGUACUGCUCUGAUGAUCAUGGUUACUCUGUCAAUCACAAUAACAGAAAGACAGUCCUCUCCUCCUCCUCCUCCUCCUCCUCCUCCUCCUCCUCCUCCUCUGGUAGAGUAGCAGUGUAUGUGGACUGUCCUGCUGGCACUCUGUCCUUCUACAGAGUCUCCUCUGACUCACUGAUCCACCUCCACACCUUCAACACCACAUUCACUGAACCUCUUUAUCCUGGGUUUGGGUUCUGGAGAUAUGACUCCUCAGUGUUUCUGUGUUCAGUGUAGGAGGAAGAGUCUCCUCCUGUGAACACGAACACAGUACUGACUGAAGACGACUGCUGAAAUGUGUCCUCUGUGAGACACAAACCACUUCAGUUCAUAUCGUUUCUGUAUCUACUUUAUCACUUUGGGAUUCAUUUUGUUGUGAUGAAACGAGUCGUGGUCAAAUGUCCUCAUUUGGUUUUGUCAUCAGAGCUCAGUGACUCAGCUGUUGAGCUCUCAUAUGUAUCUUCUUAUUGUGACAGCUAUAAAUUGUGUCCAGCUCCUAUGAUUCACAUGCUUUGGUUGUGUCCUGACCCUAACCCUGACAGCAGUUUGAGUGUAAAAUCAGAGGAAGAUUCCUUGUAUUUGAAUAUUUACAGUGCUGUUUCAUUGACCUGUCUGUUAGCCCGUCAGCUCCUGCUGUUAAAGUGGGAAAAUGCCAACAGGUAAAUAAGAGAUCAUCUCAUUUUCCAUAAGAGAAACUGUGACCACUGGAGGGCAGACAUGUCAGGUACUCUACUGAAGCUUAUGUGUGUCUGGAUACUUCUUCUGUACAGAACUUCAAUAGAGAGAGUCAGGUCAGGGUCAGGGAGAACAUCAUGUUCUGGUUCUGUCACCACAAACUCAGCUGGAAAAUGUCCCAACAUCUUGUUGAAAAUAUCCAGCGGUUUCAUGCUCACAGAUGUUGAAACGCAGACAUGAACUGUGGUCUCUGACUUCACAGAGCUGCAACACCAGCAUCCCCUCCACCUCCUGACAUGACAGUCAGUUCAGAUACAUGUAAUGUGAAUAUGAUGACAUGCACUGAUAAACGUUAAGUGCCAAUCUUUUAGUCUGGUGACUGGGCUGCACACACACAAUAUAAUCACUUCAUUUAUAAAGAAUUUAAGUGUCUGGGUCUUUAUGAACGACUAUAUGUGAACUGAUUUUAUCAGCAGAAAAUGAUGAAAUGAUCUAUGUGUCUUUUUUGCUUUGAUAAUUUUUACGAUGCGUUCUCUUGCAAUACUUCUGAGGAAUACAAACCAAAUUACAAGGUGACUCAAAAGUAGUCCUAAAAGCACUCUGUUCAUGACCCUUAGAGGUGUGAUAUAAUGUAAGUGUCA